AUGCGCCGCUCAGCCGUCUACGCGCGCUCCGACGGCGAAGGCGCGGACGAUGAGACCGAGGGGCUCGCGUCCGGCGAAGGGUCCUCCGCCCAACGCGCGUGGAGGACGCGCACGAGCCGCAUGGACGCGCUGCAGGAACCGGUGCCGACGGGGGUGGUUAAGGGAUUCGCCCUCGCCGCGGUGCUCUUCGUCCUGGUCAAGCUGCUGCAGGGGUGGAUGUGGGGCGACGGAGAGGAGGUCAUCUAG